CGUGUCUCUGCCUUCACGCGUCUGUCAGCUCAGUUCUGCAUCUGCACAGUUAAUUUAUCCAGGUGCAGUUUCUAUAAUGUCUUCUGUUGAAGAAAUGUCCAACUCCGUGGCGGAGAAUUUGGAGGAGGACGGAGUGGAAGAGGAGAACACUGUAGAGGAGCCUGUUAAAGGAGGUUAUAUCUUCUACCGGGACAGAAAAGAGUGGGCCGAUCUAGAACCCGUUCUUCAAGAUGAUGGACCAAACCCUGUCGUGAAAAUAGCUUAUUCAGAGAAAUUCACAGACGUGUUUGACAUGUUCAGAGCGCUCCUGAAGAACGAUGAGAAGAGUGAGAGAGCGUUUGCAUUGACCGCUGAAGCCAUCGACCUCAAUGCUGCAAAUUACACAGUAUGGUGA